AUGGAUGACAGCAAGAAUGGGCUCUGCAUAAUUGUUCACACGGCAACGUUUGAGUCAACGUUUGACCUCAAACGCUGGCUCAAACAUACAAGAAGAGAGAUCCCUACCUUUCAUGAAACUGAUGAAAGAAUCCUCCAAAGGCUAAGAAGAGAAGCAAGAGAAAAAAAUGUUGCUGGAGAAGAAGAAUCAGAUGAAGAAUAUCAUGAAUUGGAGGAACACUCAACAAAUCCAACAAAUCCACCAGUGAGAAUGGCCAACAACAAUGGUCAACCCCAGAGGAGAGUCUUGGCUUCAUAUACAUUUGCUAAUCCAAGGCAUUGUGGGAGUAGCAUCCUUACCCCAAAUGUCGAUGCAAAUAACUUUGAAUUGAAGCCCCAACUCAUCACCUUGGUGCAGAACAACUGUUCUUAUGGAGGAGGCCCCUUGGAAGAUCCAAACCAGCACUUAUCCACCUUCUUGAGGAUAUGCAACAUUGUCAAAACUAAUGGUGUGCCUCCUGACAGUUACAAAUUGAUGCUAUUCCCAUUCUCUCUUAGGGACAAGGCCACUCAAUGGUUGGAAUCGUUUCCAAGGGACAGCAUCAACAACUGGGAUGAUUUGGUAACCAAGUUCCUUGCCAAGUUUUAUCCACCUCAGAGGAUUAUAAGGUUGAAGGCUGAGGUACAAACAUUUACACAAAUGGAGGCUGAACCCAUUUAUGAGGCAUGGGAGAGGUACAAGGCUCUAGUCAGGAAAUGCCCCCCUGCCAUGUUUAAUGAAUGGGAGAAGCUGCAAAACUUCUAUGAAGGCUUAACAUUGAAAUCCCAGGAAGCUUUGGAUCAUUCAGCUGGAGCAUCACUAAAAAGCCUAGAGAGGCAGAUUGGGCAACUCUCCAAGCAAAUUUCUGUUGAGAGACCUUCAAGCUCACUACCCAGUGACACAAUCCCAAAUCCCAAGGAGGAAUGCAAGGCAAUACAAUUAAGGAGUGGGAGAACGUUGGUGAGCAACAAUGACACUACAAAGAAGCAAACAGGGAGCAUCAAAGAACCAACAGAGGAUGAGGAGCAAACAAAAGCAGAUAAAGCUAAUGAGCAAGUUGUGGUGCCAAACAAAAGCACUGAGAAACUUAAAGAGAAGAACAACCAGCCACAUAGCUCAAGGGAAAUGACUCAGGGACAGCAGCAAAUAGGAAAGAGCAUCACACCUCCACUGCCAUAUCCUCAGAGAUGCAACAAAGAGGUUAAGGACCAGCAUUUCCACAAGUUCCUUGAGACCUUCAAGAAGCUGGAAAUCAAUAUCCCCUUGGCUGAAGCACUUGAGCAAAUGCCUCUGUAUGCCAAAUUUUUAAAGGAGCUUAUCAAUAAGAAAAGAAGUUGGGAGGAGAAGGAAAACGUAUUACUCACUGAGGAAUGCAGAGCCUUGAUUCAAAAAGGGCUUCCUCCUAAGCUUGAGGACCCAGGGAGUUUCUUGUUACCUUGCACCAUUGGGAAUUUGACCAUCACUAAAGCAAUGUGCGAUCUCGGAGCAAGUAUUAAUUUGAUACCAUCCUCCAUGGUGAAAAAGCUGCAUAUAGAUGAAGUCAAAUUAGUACAAAUGUCUCUGGAGCUGGUAGAUAAAUCAAUGGUAUACCCCAGGGGUGUAAUUGAAAAUAUUUUGGUCAAGGUGGACAGUUUUAUAUACCCAGCUGAUUUUGUGGUUCUGGAUUCAAACGAGGAUGAUGGUGACUCUGUUAUAUUGGGAAGGCCAUUCUUGGCCACUGCUAGAGCUAUCAUAGACAUAGAGGAAGGGGAAUUAACCCUCAGGAUGCAAAGAAACAAAACAAAAAGGGAUUGGAAGAACAUAAAGAUCCCAACAGAGGGGCUUUCCAAAGGUGACAAAGUGCAACUGAUAUAUCAACAGCUGGGGGCAAACCAACAAACUGAGGACUACUACACUGUCAGCAACAUACUCUCAUUAGAGCAUGCUGAAAUUGAACACCAGAGAACAAAGAAGAGGAUCACAGUCAGGGGAGACAAAUUGAGGCUCUACAAGUACCAACCACCAUAA